UAAAUAAAUGUCAACAUUGUCAACGUCAAACAGUUGAAUGUCAAGUAAAAAUAGCAAGAUUUUGUUUGCAUUUAAUUGCGAAAUAAUUAAAGUAAUAGCUAUUAAAUAUAAUUGAUAUUGAGGUUAACUCCUCGUAAUUAGUAUAGCGAUAACAUUUAUGAUUAAUUUACUUUACUAUUUAACGUAAAUAAUGUACUGUGGAGCCGCAUCUCACUUCGUUCGUCUUCAAACAGCUGUUUUGUUGUAAAGACCGUACCAAAACCAACCAUGAGCUGUUAAGAAGAGACGGUAGCUCCUUCGGGGGCUACACUGGAGCUUGGCUCUACAUUGUACCUGUGCAUAUUAUAUAUUCAGACUAUUCAUCCACAUAUCAUCAGAUGAUAUAUUCUUUAUACCUAUUAAAUUCAUAUUAGUAUCCAAUAAGAAUCUAUAAUUUUAAAUACUUCAAAGUGAACAAUAUCUAGUUUUCUAUUCGGUAAAGAUGAGUAAAUAUAAAGCAGAAGUGGACUGCACAAUCCGAUGCAAGUCUCGUGCCCAUGGUCAAGUACUUACAGGUGCCAUAACCAAGAGAUCAUUAACUGAUGAAGCGCUUGCUAGCUUCAUUAAAGCUACAUGUGCCAAUUUCAUCAAGGCUUUCGAUCAUGAGGGGCGCACAGCGUUGCACAUGGCGGCAUCGCGCGGCAGAGUCGCAUUGAUGGAAUGGCUGAUACGCCACUCGUCCGACGCUUUUAUAAACGCGCGAGACAGAGAAUCUGGCUAUACGCCACUCCAUAGAAGCAUAUUCUAUGGUCAGAUACAUGCUGCUGUUUCAUUGAUGAAAAUAGGUGUUAGCAUCGACAUAGUAGACAAGGACGACUACAAAGCCUUAGACCAUGCGAUGCUAGACCGCCACUAUAUGUACAAACAUGAUGGCACGCAGCCCAGCGAGGUGUAUGUAUGGGGAAGCAACUCUAAUUAUACACUGGGCACUGGAACUCAGCAGCAACGCAACGCUCCUGAGCUGCUCACUUGCUUCAGUCGCACCAACACUUGUGUAAAACAGGUGUGCCUGGGCAAGUUUCAUAGUAUCUGGGUGACAUCAGGCGCCGGGGGUGACGAGGUGUGGGUGUGCGGGCAGUGCGUGCGCGCGGGCGGGCCGCACUCCACGGCGCUGCGGCCCGCGCCGCUGCGGCUGCCCGAGCCCUGCGUCUGCGCAGCUAUCACGCUCACCUCCACCGUGCUGCUGCUAGAGAGCGGGGCGGUGGUCCAAUACAACCUGAACAACGCAGACAGCAUAAGCCAAUCCACGACCAAGACGCCAUCUUUGAUCCGGCCGCCGUCGUCCAAGCCGCUCAUAAAGCUGUCAUCUCCACUAGGCGUACGCGCCGCGCGCUGCCACGCCGCGGUGUGGAACUCGCGCGCCAUCUACACCUGGGGCACCAACCUGGGACAACUCGGACAUCCGCAGGAGGAUAAAUUUAUCCCAGCGCCGAAACGCGUGGCGAUACACGUGAACAACAAGGAGGAGGCCGGGCUGGAGCUGGUGGACGCGGCGGACGCGGCCACCGUCAUCACCACCAGCCGCGGCGACGUGUACUUACUGCACAAGUACAUCUGCAAGAAGAUCGCCAUCAAGCAAAUCAACUUGCGUCAAGUGUGCGUGGACGCUAAGGUGAGCGAGCAAGGAGCGUACUCGCGCGUCACCGUGCUGCUGCUGACCAACGUGGGCCAGCUGCUCAUCUGGCAGGACACCACCAACAAACUCACCAGAUGUGUCUUCGGCCUUCAACACCAGACAUUCAUAAAUCACAUGCAGCUAACACACGACGCGCUCUACUGCACGACAAAAUACGGCGAAGCGUUCAUUGGCACCAUAUCGCGCAAGACCACGCCCACAUCGCAGCCACAGCCAAUCAGGAAAGAGAAAGACAAGGACAUAAGGAGUCCGCUCGUCAAGUUCCUAGAGAAGGACGACUGUACUUCUGUCAGGAUUACGAGAAUCCCUAAUAUAUAUAGGGCUGUCUCUAUCGCCGUUGAUAAUGAAGGGAUUAAUUUUGCUUGUUUACAGAUUAAACCGAAUUGCGGUCUCCGAUCAUUGCCAGAACUGUCGCCUUCGAGCUUGGCUAAACACAUGGAAUCAUUGAGGGAGACUGCCACUGAAGAUGAUAUACUGCAUGACGUUGUAUUCAAGGUCGGCACAAAACAUUUCUCAGCGCACAUGUACAUAGUAGCGUCAAGCAGUGAGCAUCUCUACAAAUUAUAUCAAGAGAAACAAAAAGUCCAAGGCGACAAACCCAUAAUAACUUUGGAAAAUGUUCACCCAGAAGUAUUUGAAAGGAUUUUAAAAUUCAUGUACACUGGCACUUGUGAUGUAGCGGAGCUCGGACCCUGCGGCUUGAAGAUAAGGAAGGAAGAUCUGAUUGCUACCGGCAAGAAAGAGACAGAGACUGUAGAGGUCGAAAUGGAGUUGAUUGAGAACCCGCUGGAGGUGUCUGCGUUCGAGGUGUACCGCGACUCGCGGCGGGCGCGCGGCGGCAGGAAGGCUCGCAGCGCCGACACGCCGCCGCGCGCCACACACUGCGACCCCGUGAAGCUCGUGCAGGCCGGCGCCAAGCGCCUGCAGGUCAUGGCGCUGCAUAAACUGCUGGAUAAGUUUUAUUACAGAGAUGGUAGAGUGCACCUAAAAGAAAGUGCGACCUUCACUAAGAACCCACCGAUAUAUUGGAACCGUGAAGCGUACCCUGAGCUGGUUGACACCAACGUCUGCUCCAAGGAUGGUAUGCUGAUAUCGGCCCACAAGUGCAUACUGGCCGCACGCUUGGAAUACUUCAACGGGAUGUUUAUGCACUCUUGGACAGAGAGCAAAUUGCUGUCGAAAGUAACACUUCCAAUCAACCAUGGCAUCCUUCUACCAGUCAUUAAUUUCCUAUACACAGACUCGUGCCCCGAGAUAGAUAACUCGGACAGUAUUGACUUUAUAUGCAACUUAUUAAUAGUCGCCGAUCAGCUGUUCAUAACCCGGCUGAGGGAAAUGUGUGAAAUUGCUUUAGCGAACCUAAUUACGUUGAAAAACUGCGCAGAACUCUGCCAAUUCGCUCAUACAUACAACGCGACACAGCUCAAACAAUGUUGUAUGGAGUUUAUCUCGCUCAAUCUUUGCAGUGUGCUUGAAAAUAGGUGUUUAGACUUAGUAGAGGAGACUUUACUCGACGAUAUUACCAAUUACUAUUGUAAGUUCAACCCCAUAAUGUCAUCCAGGGUUAUAACUCCCUUCUAUAAUGCACCGAGUGAUGAAAAUGUACAGGAAUUGGUCAAAAAUUAUCCUCUGGACAUGAGUUAUACAGAUGAGGAAUGUAAAAGAGAUGAUAGCGUAACAGAAUCCGCCAAAAAGAAAAGCAGGCAAUCGAAGAAAAUUGAGUAUACCGAUAGAGAGAAAGAGAGGAUGCGGUACGAAUCAGUGAGUUCUGUGACGUCAUUGGACUUGUCUAAUGACACUGGCGACAUAACGUUAUCGUUGAGUAAGAUAUCGAAAGAAGAAAAGGGAGCGCGGGAGAAACAGGAAAAGUGGAUCGAGGUGCCUUCAGCCCACCAGAAACAAGCCAAAGUGGUUCAAGCAAGAUUGAGGGCUAUUAGUACCGCGAAAGACAUUUUGAACGAAACUCCAACUGAAUCCUUUGUGAAACUCAGUAAAGGUGGUUCAACUCCAACGGAACCCACAACCUCCCGCAUGUCUGUGUCCCCAAAGGAGUCUCCAAUCGCUGACAUGGCCAGAAGCCCGCAAGGCAAUUUUGUCAUCAGCCACAUUGGACCAAAAUUAUCGCAAAAACAAAGGAAGAAGUUGGCCUUGCAAAAUAGCGAUCAGUCCACUAAUUUAGAUCAGUACAUAUCAAACAAGCUGGAUUUGGGUAGUCCGCCGGAAAAACCUAAGAAUCCAUGGAAAAUUUGUGAAACGCCUGUUGCUAGCAGCAGCCCUAAUACUAAACCUGUUGAGUUUAAUAAAAUUUUGACUGAUCAAAAGAAACAAAAGGAAGAUUUCUCGAGAAUUAUGACUAAACCAUUGAUAUUAACUCAGCUGGAAGACAAAGCCAUAGAGCAAUUGGAGAAGUUCUACAAUGCUCGAGAAAUUGAUGAUGAAUUGAUAACGGUCCACCGCAUAGAGCUGCAAGUGUCUUCACCACAAUGGAUCCACACUGCCCCAAAGUGAUAAUAAUGUGUGCUAUUUUAUAUAUUUUACUACUGAUAUUAUGUAUCUGAAAUAUUUUUAAUAUACGAACUGACAUUGUA